AUGGAAGUUCGGGACUUGCUAGCCACCGUUGCAGCGUUUGUGGUGACGACCUUGGCCUUUUUAUUGAAGAACACCAUUGCCCUCGUUGCCUAUGCUUAUCAGAACUACCCAGAAUAUACUUCUAUAGUAUUUGCAAUCAUUGGUGUCUAUCUCGUAUAUAAGUUUGUGGUCAAGAUCUUCAAGAUGUGGCUCAAUCUUUUGAUUGCCACCAUCAAGACAUUCUUGGUAUUGGCCACUUUGGCUGUUGCUGCGACUAUUUACCUUCGUGGGUGGGGAAAAUUCGUAAAUCAAGAUAUUCCUUUUUUAGUUGAUGUCGCCAAGAGUAUCACCUCUAAUGAGCCUGAUAAUCAAAAUUCGUUUUGGUUGGUACAUGGACUCCUCGGUAAUCAAAAGGUGUACUCGUUCUUGAAGAAUGGGUUCCAGAACGCUGGCGAAUCGGCAUCAUCAAUCUUAGAGGAUGCAGAAUUUGAUAUUGAUCCAAAUGCAUAUUUCGAGUACAUGAACGAGAACUUCUACAAGAACAAGGAAGACUUCAACUACGAGAACAUCAAGAGAGCUCUUGAUGAAGGUUUUGAGAACCUCGAGGACUACUUGAGCUCCAAGGGUCUCGAUAUCAAUGAUCUUGGUAACGA